AUGAGGCUGGCACGAGAUCCUCUCCCUGGUCCCCUCCCUGGCGGGGACUUCAAAUCUAUUGAUGCCCACCUCCGUGCCCUUGACAAGCACCUCACCCUCCGUUCGUAUAUCGACGGCUACGUUCUCGGAGACGUCGACACCAAGACCUGGGUCGCCCUUCGGAACAACCGAGCUGCUCUCGGCUUCAUUCGCAAGGGAUCGCUUGGCAACCUCUCGCGGUGGUUCACCUUCAUCGAGAAGAACCACCCUGAGAUCCAGGAAGAAAUCAAGCAAGCUGAGGCCGUGAAAGCUGCCAAGCAAGCUGCGGCAGGAAAGGCUGGUGGUAGCUACAACAUUACUCUCCCUGAUGCCGAAAAGGGCGUUGUCACCCGAUUUCUGCCCGAGCCAUCUGGCUACCUACACAUCGGACACGCCAAGGCUGCCCUCCUCUGCGACUACUUCGCCCACCGCUUGUAUGACGGCAAGCUUCGCCUUCGACUCGAUGAUACCAACCCCGCCAAGGAGAGCCGACUCUCUCUCUAUACCUCCGACUACUUUGACUAUCUCUAUGACAUGUGCAAGAGGCUCAUCAGCGAGGGCAAUGCGUACGCUGACGACACUGAGACCGAGACGAUGCAAAAGGAGAGAUUCGACGGUAUCGAAUCAAAACGACGAAACCGAUCGGUGGAGGAGAACCUACGCAUCUUUGAGGAGAUGAAGGCUGGCUCUGAGGAAGGACUCAAGAACUGCAUUCGUGCUAAACUCUCCGUUGAUAACCCCAACAAGGCUCUCCGUGACCCCGUCGUCUAUCGCUGCAACCCCAAUGACACCCACCACCGGACCGGUAACAAGUGGAAGAUCUACCCAACCUACGACUUCGCGUGCCCCGUUGUCGAUGCUCACGAAGGCAUUACCCACGCUCUCAGGGCUACCGAAUACACCGACCGCAAUCCCCAGUACCAAUGGUUCCUCGACACCCUCAAGUUGCGCACGGUCCACUUGUGGGACUUCUCCCGAUUGAACUUUAUCAAGACUUUCCUUUCCAAGCGUAAGCUCGCCAAGCUCGUCGAGACGGGCAAGGUUUGGGGCUGGGACGACCCUCGCAUGCCAACCAUCAGGGGCAUUCGCCGCCGUGGCAUGACCAUUCCCGCGCUGAGAGACUUUAUCAUCAAGCAGGGACCCAGCCGAAACAUCUCCCUGCAAGACUGGAAGUCGUUCUGGGCUACUAACAUCAAGGAGAUUGAUCCCGUAGCUCCCCGACAUACUGCGGUCUUGAAGAAGGAUCUCGUCAAGGUGACUCUUAUCGGAAACGAGGCACCGGCUCAGCCUUCCAAGGAAGAUAAGCCCAAGCACGCGAAGAACCCGGAUAUCGGUACCAAGAAGGUGGUCUACUCCUCGCAGGUCAUCUUGGACCAGGCCGAUGCCAAGUCUUUCAAGAAGGAUGAGGAGAUCACACUCAUGUCCUGGGGCAACGCGUUUGUCCGAGAGAUUGACUCUAGUGACCCUAUCCAAACCCUUACCUGCGAGCUAAACCUCAAGGGUGAUUUCAAGACGACUGAAAAGAAGAUCACCUGGCUAUCGAGCGAGGGCACCGAGCUCGUUCCCGCCGAGCUUUGGGAGUUUGAUUACCUCAUUACUAAGGACAAGUUGGAGGCGGAUGAUGAAUUGGAGAAGUGCCUCAACCCGGUAACCGAGUCCAUGCAGGAAGCUCUGUGCGAUGAGGGUGUUGGUCUCCUCAAGACGGACGAUAUUAUCCAGCUCGAGCGCCGCGGUUUCUUCCGGGUAGACAAGGGUCUCGGUGACUGGGAGGAAGGCGAACCCAAGCGAGUGGUUCUCUUCGCGAUUCCCUCGGGCAAGGGCAAAUAA